CGAACGACGAGACGAGCGCAGCCAGAAGCAGGCGGCGGUGUCGGUCGAGCAGACGCUCUAGCAGACAGCAAGCGGACCGAACCACAACAAGCCAGCGAAGGACUCGAAGGACCCGAAAAGCUGCAAGAUGAGUCGGCUUCUCGUCCUGCUGCUCGUUUCACUGGAGCUAUGCGCGGAAAGCCUCGGCAUGGGGACCGUCGCUUUGGACUCCUGGACGUUUGAUAAGGUAAUUGACAAGUUUGACGUCUCCUUAAUCAAAUUUGACGUUGCAUAUCCUUACGGACCCAAGCAUGAAGCCUUCACCAAAAUGGCUGAAGCUGCAAAAGCAGCAGAUAUAUUGAUCGCAGAAGUUGGUGUCAAAGAUUAUGGAGAAAAGGAAAACUCUGAUCUUGCUGAGCGUUUUAAGAUCGACAAAGAACAGUUCCCUGUUGUGAAACUGUUUAUGAAAGGCAAAGAACCAAUAGACUUUGAAGAGACCACAGAGGAAGGUUUCACUUCCGAAAAUUUGAUCCAGUUCAUUCGGACAAAGUCUGGCAAGUAUGUUGGUCUGCCUGGCUGUUUAGAGGCAUUUGAUAAAAUUGCUUCUAAGUUCAGAGUUGCCAAAGAUGAAAAUUCAAGGAAAGAGAUUCUCCGUGAGGCUCAAGGUCUUGUUGGCAGACUUGAAAAACUCGAGGAAAGAAAAACAGGUGAAGUAUAUGUGAAAAUGAUGCAGCGAAUGGUUGAAAAGGGUUCAGAAUUUAUUGAUGACGAGAUGAAGCGUCUGAACAAACUUUUAACUGGAAAGUUAUCAGAUGUUAAAAAGACUGAUAUGGGCAACAGGAUCAAUAUUCUUCGAGCCUUCCGUGAUGAGUUGUAAUUAAUUUUAUUCCUUUAUUGUAAGAUCUCUAAGUCAUUGUUCUGUUUAUGGAAUAUUGAAAUAUUGACUGAGUGCAAUGAAAACCCUCCAUAUAUCAAUGAAGGAAUCUUUCUAUAAGCACUAGGCAUUCCACUUCUGCCACUGACAGACAUCUGUACUGAUAGCUCAGUUUUGAGUACGAAAAUUUGGAUGUCCUUUUUUUGUAACUCAUGGAUGCCAAUUGAUUUGUUUGUACGCAUUUUGAAUGUAUUUGACAAUAAUUUCUCAGUCCCUUAUUUGCAAUUCAAUAAUCGGAUUUCCUUUUCAAAGAAAAGUAUUGUUUAUGUAUUUAUGUAUUCUUUUUGUCUUUCUUCAUCCAAGAGAAAUGAAAAGAAUUUGGCAGAGUGAAAGCACUUGUCUUUAUUGAAUGUUUGAUAGCACUCUUGUAAACUUUAGUGUGAAUCACACUCAUUUUUGAGACCAUGGACUUAAGGAAACAGUUUGAUCAAGUGGUAAAACAAUUUUACCCUAAUGAUGGUAUUGGUUUGCCUUUAUCAUGUCUAAAAGGAGCAACUUCCAGUCCAUAUUAUUUCUUUGGGUUUCUUUUCUCUUCUAUUUUUCCAGUGGACCUGAUUAUGAAGUGAUACUCAUUACUUAUGGAAUAUGAAAUGUUUCCAACACACACAUAAUUUAACAGCCUCUGGCCUGUAUAUUAUUGUUUUCUGUGAUAAAAACCAAAAUUGUAAUAUAUACUGUAUUAUGCAUGUUACUUUUACCUGGAAGCAAAUGAGUGCUUUACAAAUACCCUAGGCGAGUGGCAGUUUGGGUGGUGUCGCUCAUUCAAAAGUUUCCUGUUGUGCAUUUGAGCAUGAUUUAAUUAACUGUACCAUUCCCUCAAGUAUUAACUGUGAUAUAGCUCAAGCCACAUGCUGCUUGCGUGGAGAAUGCUACUGGUGAAAGUUUUCUCUGUGCUAUUCAUUCCAUUGUUAUUAUAGCUUGAAACCAGCUGAAAUUUUGAAACAAUUUUGUCAUUUGGCUCUGUACUUUAUAGACAAAUUAAUAAUGAAUCUUCCAGUUCUGCUGUUUCAUUCUAAGUAUAUGGGCAGGGGUUGUGGUGAACCUUUCUUGCAUGUGUUUUUGUGCAAAAGGGAAUUUGCAAUUAAAGUCUCUGACAAAUUUUCAUGUAAAUUUUAUUUUGACAUGAUCCAAAACUUAAAAGGUUUACCAUUUCCGAGAAUAAAGUGUCUAACAGUUUGCUUCUUCA